AUGUCAGCGUCUAAUCCCAUAGGAAGGCCACCUAGCCUCCAGCAGCUUCUUGAGAAGGACAUCGGCUCCCCAUUUGAAACAGCUGCUGUCCCUGUGCAAAUGCUCAAGUAUCCGCAAGCACGCAGUUGGUGUAGGAAGUCUGCAAAGCAGAACAAGCAACCAUAUCCAUCUGUGUCAACAGAUUCCGACUUCACCACUCUGCCAGCCUUUCUUCCUCAGAGCCACCGAUCUGUCCCUGAACCACCAAAAGAAACAGGUCAAAACAAGGUACAUCACGCAAACGGCCUUGGUCAUCAUCUUGGUUUCUCCCAGCAGGACUUGAGACAUAGUGAUCAAGGAGACUUCACACGCAGAUCCAGCAGUGCCUCCAGCAUUUCACGGUCAUUUCAACGAAGCAAGUCUCUGUUCUGCUUGCCCACGGUGAACUCCUCCUCAGCCUCAGACACUUUUCAUUUCAGUAAACCAUUUCAGUUUUUAAAUACUGAGUCACCUGCAACCAGGUUAAAAACAUGGAGAUGCAGCCCCAGGCUUAACACUGACGACUUGGAGGGUGCCCAGGAGACUGAUGUAGACACAGGGAUGAAGUUGUCCUUCUCAGACCUGUCUGUGGUCUCUGCAUACUCUGUCCUUAAUGGAUUUUGCAAUGACUUGGAAGCCUCUCUUCCCCUACAGAAGCGAACUGUCAGUAAGGCUAAACAGGCAGCCACCAGUGGAAGGCCUGUAUCAGCCAUGUACAAUACCUUUGAGUCAGUUGACAGCUCACUGCCUUCUCUCUCUGAGUGGUCUUCCAGCUCUUUCAUGUCAGCAUCUGUCUCCAAGCAGCCCAAACAGUCCUCAAGAGCAGCUGCUUGUUUUCUGGAUGAUCGAGGUAGUGUUUGCCCAGCUUCACCAGGCAACGAAGAAGAAUUUUACAUCUGA